AGAGAGAGAGACAGAGAGGCGGGCUAUGCCUCACAGUGAGGGAGUGUCGUCGUAGGGGCGGUUUGAUCAUCAUCGCAUCAGACUCCUUCUAUCCCUCCGUGCCGGAGGAGCGAGGAGGAACCUCUCCUCUGUUUUGUCGCCCUCUCUGCGGAUACACGGAUAAUAACCACAUCACGACUGGGAAGAUGGUUUUUCUGUUGCGUAUGGUUACCCUUUAUACCCUGAGCGUCUUUGGCAGAGCCUCCGCCGCUCCUCACUAUAAUUGCAAUGGUCCUCUGGUAUCCACAUUACCCCAGUCAUCCUUUCAGAGCUCCUCGCAGUCGUCAGUCGGUCAUGCUGCUUACAACGCCAAGCUCAACAGAAGAGAUGGAGCCGGAGGCUGGUCUCCCAUGGUGACCGACCAGGAGCCAUGGCUCCAGGUGGAUCUCAGGGAGCAGAUGGAGGUGACGGCUGUGGCAACACAGGGACGAUAUGACAGCUGGGACUGGGUCAGCAAUUACCUCCUGCUCUACAGUGACACGGGCCGGGCCUGGAAACAGUACAGGCAUGAGGACGGUGUAGGGAGAUUUGUCGGGAAUGUGAAUUCGGAGGCCGUUGUCCAGAACAAGCUGUCCCACGCAGUGAGAACGCGUUUCCUGCGUUUGGUGCCUCUCGACUGGAACCCCAGUGGCUGGAUGGGCCUCAGACUGGAGGCGUACGGCUGCUCCUACAAGUCGUACGUGGCAGACUUUGACGGCAGAAGCUCCUUGCUGUAUCGGUUCAACCAGAAGUCCAUGUCAACGGUGAAGGACGUGAUCUCGCUGCGCUUCAAGAGCCAUCAGGCUGAGGGGGUUUUACUGCACGGAGAGGGGCAGCGAGGAGAUUACAUCACCCUGGAGCUUCACCGAGGAAGAUUGGACCUCUACCUCAACUUAGACGACAGCAGGCAGAGGUUCAGCAGCGGCCGGGUUGCCGUCACCGUGGGCAGUCUGCUGGAUGACCAGCAGUGGCACUCGGUUCAUAUAGAGCGCUUCAACAAGCAGGUUAACCUCACAGUGGACUCCUACACACAGCACUUCCAGACCAACGGAGAAGGGCACUCGCUGGAGGUGGACUACGAGCUGAGUUUUGGAGGCAUCCCACUGCCUGGCAAACCGGGCACCUUUCUGAGGAAGAACUUCCACGGCUGCAUGGAGAACCUCUACUACAACGGGAUCAACAUCAUAGACCUGGCCAAGAGACGCAAGCCGCAGAUACACAGCGUGGGCAAUGUGACCUUCUCGUGUUCGCAGCCCCAGCUGGUGUCCUGCACCUUUCUGAGCUCCAGCAGCAGCUUCCUGUCGCUUCCGUCAGCAGCAUCUGCUACGGGGGGUUUCUCUGUUCGCUUCCAGUUCAGGACCUGGAACCCGGACGGGCUGCUGCUCUCUGUGUACCUGAACCCGGAGCCCCGCAGGCUGGAGCUGCAGAUCAGCAACAGCCGGCUGCAGCUAAUCCUCCACAGCUCAAGACGACCCAAAGCAGAGGUCUCUGUUGGUCCCAGAGUCAACGAUGGUCUGUGGCACUCUGUGAGUCUCAACACGAGGAAUCUACAGAUCACUUUGGCUGUGGACAGUGAGCCGUCCUCCUCCAUUGAACUGUGGGAAGAGCUGGAACCAAGAGGCAACCUUUACUUUGGAGGCUGUCCCACCGUGGACUGUCAGUACCUGACUCCAGCCUUCCAGGGGUGCGUGCGGCUCAUUGUCAUCAACAGCCAGCCAAUGAGUCUCAAUCAGGUUCAGCAAGGAUUGCUGGGAAAUUAUAAUGACCUUCAGUUUGACACCUGCAACAUAAGAGACAGAUGCCUUCCUAACCUGUGUGAACAUGGAGGCCGCUGCUCUCAGACGUGGAGCUCCUUUUCCUGCGACUGUUCAGGAACCGGAUACUCUGGAGCGACCUGUCACAACUCCAUCUACGAGUCGUCUUGUGAGGCCUACAAGCUGAUUGGCAGCUCCUCUGGCUUCUACUCCAUUGAUCCAGAUGGGAGCGGUCCCCUGGGGCCCGCACAGGUAUACUGCAACAUGACAGAGGAGAAGGUGUGGACGGUGUUGACGCACAACAACACAACUCCAGUUACAGUCCAGGGCUCCUCUCUUUACAAACCGCACAUCAUGAAGUUCAACUACAGCGCCUCAGCUGAGCAAAUCCGUGCCAUCGUAUCAGGCUCAGAGCACUGCCAACAGGAAGUGGUUUACAACUGCAAGAAGUCCCGUCUCUUUAAUACAAAAGACGGCAGUCCGCUCACAUGGUGGCUGGACUGGGAAGGAGAGAAACGGAGCUACUGGGGAGGAUUCCUGCCUGGAGUCCAGCAGUGCUCCUGCAGCCUGGAGGAGAACUGCAUGGACAUGAACUACUUCUGCAACUGUGAUGCAGACACAGACACAUGGGCCAACGACACAGGAAUCCUCUCCUAUAAAGACCAUCUGCCAGUGAGCCAGAUAGUGAUUGGGGACACCAACAGAACGGGCUCACAGGCCGUCUACCACAUCGGCCCUCUGCGUUGUUAUGGAGACAAGUCUAUAUGGAACGCAGCGUCUUUCUACCAGGAGUCCUCCUACCUCUACUUCCCCACUCUACAGGCUGAACUCGCCUCUGAUAUCUCCUUCUACUUCAAGACGAGCACUCCUUCAGGAGUGUUUCUGGAAAACCAGGGCCUCAAGGACUUCAUCAGAGUGGAGCUCAGCUCUCCCUCAGUGGUGACUUUCUCCUUUGAUGUGGGAAACGGUCCAGCGCUCCUGUCCGUGAAGUCCCACCUCCCUCUGAAUGACAGACAGUGGCACUACGUGAGGGCAGAGCGCAACGUGAAGGAGGCCUCCCUGCAGGUUGACCAGCUCCCCCUCCGCUUCUUGGAGGCUCCGGCUGACGGACACCUCCGCUUACGGCUCAGCAGCCAGCUGUUUGUAGGAGGAACAGCAUCCCAGCAGAGAGGCUUCCUGGGCUGCAUCAGGACUCUGACCGUCAACGGCGCUAGCUUCGAUCUGGAGGAGAGGGCCAAGAUGACACCGGGAGUGACCUCAGGUUGUCCCGGCUACUGCAGCGGCUCCAGCAGCCUCUGCCAUAACAGAGGCAGGUGCAUCGAGAAGAGCAACGGCUACGUGUGCGACUGCUCCCAGUCCGCCUACGGUGGAACCACCUGUAAUCAAGAGGUGUCGGUGUCCUUCGACAUGGAGUCCUCAGUGACCUACACCUUCCAGGAGCCCUUCUCGGUGAUGCAGAACAGAAGCUCGCAGGCCUCCAGUGUUUCCACAGAAAGCAGCAGCAGAGCCCGAGAGGACGUGGCCUUCAGCUUCGUCACCUCCCAGCGGCCGGCCAUGCUGCUCACCGUCAGCACCUUCAGCCAGCAAUACAUCGCAGUCAUCCUCGCCAAGAACGGGAGUCUGCAGAUAUGGUAUCACCUUCAGACAGACAGGAGUCCAGACGUGUUCAGCCCCGUCCUCACUAACCUGGCAGACGGACGACUCCAUCGAAUCAGAAUUCACAGAGUGGGAAAAAACCUCUAUGUACAGAUCGACCAGGACAUCCACAGAAAGUACACACUGUCAUCUGAUGCAGAGCUGAUCUUAAUCAGAUCCCUGACAUUGGGCAAAGUCACCAGGAGGGAGAACCUCAAUGAGGAAGUAAUGCAAGCAGCUUUUAAAGGUUUCAUUGGCUGUCUGUCGUCGGUCCAGUUCAAUCACGUCGCACCGCUGAAGGCGGCGCUGACAAAUCGAGGAAGCUCAUUGGUCACUAUCCGGGGUCCAUUGGUCCAAUCAAACUGUGGGGCAUUGGCGGAGUCCACCUCACACACACUGCAAGAUCAAACUGUAACAGCAAAUAAAGAUAAGGAGCAGCAUGGCAACAGCACCCAGAAGGAUUUGGCUGUGAUAGCAGGUGUGGUCACAGCAGUGGUCUUCAUUGCUGUAUGCGCUCUGGCUGUGAUAAGCCGCCUCCUAUACCAGCAGAGGCGGGCCCAGAGGAGCAGCAGCAUCAAAGAGGAGAACAGACACACCAUGUACACAGACUACAGGACAGAGUUGCACCUCAACAACUCAGUCAGGGACAACAUGAAGGAGUACUACAUCUGACCGCAGUGGGCACUCUGUGGACCUCAGCCACAAACUUACCUCUCUUAUAUAGGUCGAAACAGGUGGAUGUGCUGCUGCUGGAUUUCUACAAAACAUCUCUAUGCCCUGGAAGUCUCCCAGGAACACUUUGAAAAAAAACCUGUAGCCUGUUAGUCCACUCUCGUAAUGCUCCAGUACAAGCAAGUGGCUGAAUCUUUACAGCUGUUAGUGUAUUUGAUGUUGGUGAAACUGUCAGAAUCGAGCUGCUGUAGUUUCUGUCGUUGCAAAAUGUGUAAAGCAAAAAGAUGAAUGUUCUGCAAGGGUGGACAAAGGGACACCACGAGUGCAAUGAGCGAAAGGCUGCUGUCCAUCCUGAAUGCGCACAACUUAAAACAUUUUGUUUGAAACCAUGAAAUUCUGAAGACUUCCACAGUACAGUGGGACUCACUAAAAUUGUACUUGCGAGUCAGGAAAUGUAGGUCAGGCCUGUAAGAUAUGCGUGCAUUCGCUGCUGUCUUUGUUUUUUCAGUGGUGGUGAAUGUGGUAGAAGAAGAAAAGGGGACAAUACUGCCUAUCCUGUAUGAGUGCCUAAUUUGCAUACAAGUUUUAUUUGAACAUUUUCAAAGUUGUUUGUGUGAUUUGCACGAAAGCAAUCACAUUUACAUAGAGAGGAGCUUCUUAUCAUUCAGUUCUGCAACCCACCACACUACUAUAGAAUAAACGGAUAUUAGACUGUCCCAGUCAUGCACAGCAUCGGCCAGUUGACCAUCAGAAUAGGGUGACUUUCAAUCAUUUAUUAAUUUCUUUCACUGGGUUUAUUUUACCCCGGACUGUUAGAAAUUGCGUGGAAAAAUUGACAUACCUAAAUCCUGUAAUCUUUUCUCAAUCUGUGAAUCCCAACACUUUCAAGUUUUCUAGUUCUUUUUUAACUCUUGUCCAUCAGAAAGCAUAAUACACCGUUCGGACCACACAUAUUUAGUUGUAGGACAUUUUUAGCUGAUUACUCGUGAAAUUAAUGGAUUUUGUUUCCAUGUGAGAAUUUGGGCUUAUGUAUUAUUUUUCAAUUAAAUAAAAGUCCAAAAUCACUUGUGUAUAUUGUAUCAUGAAAAUAGCAGAAAUAAGAAAUAGGAUUAUCAUAUUUAAAUAAAUACAAAAAAGCAGUCAAACACACAACCACAAACAGUAAGGGAUGUACCUUUUAACUUUGCAGCAGCUAGUAGUAUAAUAAUAAUUAUUUUAUUUGAUAUAGCACUUUUUACAGAGUCACAAAGUGCUUCACACAAACAUUUGUUCAAAUACAAUAGGAUCCAAAACAGAAAAUAAACAAGCAAAAACAAAUACAGUACCAUUGAAGGUAAAAGAUUAAUGGGAUAUGCAGGCUAAAAAACAGCAUACGCUGAUGCUGGUAUCAAAUGUGGCAAAUCAUGCAACUCCCAAGCGGUAUCUUUGGUGUUCUUUGGCGAGUGGACAGCAGUUAGGUAUGUACAGGAUGGUAUGUUACGCUCAGCAAGUACUUACAGAAACUGGUUCAACCAGCAUGCAAAUCAAGUUUGCAGUAGUUUGAAUCAAUCACAGCAGCAAGUUUUUUUCGGUGCUUGUACAGCUACAGUAAACUCCAGGGUCAGUGUGUCCUUCACAACCGAACCUACUACACUGUAACACAGUACUAGAGUGAGUUUUUGUACCACUGUUUGAGAUUGUACGGCUUUUAUCUUAAUCGCUAGCUUGGUUAUGUAAAAAAAAGCCAAAUUGGCAGGAGAAGUUUGGACUCAAAGUGCAAAGCUGUGAUAUUUCUAAGAAGCGUCACAGUAUAGACCCAGUGUUUACCAAACUCAAAACGUACCGGUGCAAAAGUUCAGUUGGUCCAUUAUUUUGCAGCAGUAGCGAGCAGUGCUUAGAGCUUUUUUUUUGCAACCAAGAAAAAGGCCACUAUGACAUAAUGUGUUGAUUUAUUUAUUAUCUGGAUUACAGGGAUAAGUGGUGUUUUCUAUAUUUCAAGCAGAAUACUUUUUAUAUACCUUAUCAUACACUGGUUGAUCCUAAGAAAAGAAUCCAUAUACACACACACAAAC